AGGGAGACACGUAUAUAUAAAUAGCUGGAGUCAAACCUUCGGCAGCAGUUACCAGCCAGUAUUCAACUCCUAACAUUCAAAAAGCCAGAAGUUGAGGGAAGAACGAUUACAACAAUGUUCAAUUUCCUCGUUGGUCUCCUCACCCUGUCGUGUCUCCCCCGGUCGGUUCUCGGCUCCGAUGAUGAUAGAGACGCCCUUCUGUACAGAGUUGACAUCACCCUUCCUCCUAAGGAGGGGAGGGACGAGACAGCAGACAUAUUGCAGAUUAAGACAACAGUAGAGGGUCUCACUGACAUCAAAGUUCUAUUUUCAUUUAAGGAACUCGGGAACUCAAGGGUAAUUUUUGUUCUUGGUGUUGAGAAAGCGUGCAGCUGGCCACAGUUAACAAGCUUUCUGUCACGAAAGGGCUAUGAGGUGAAGACGACCCCAGUGUAUCGCUGCAGUGACUACGCCCGGGAACUUGGGGUCAAUAUAACCAGAGACUUUUAUGAUAUGUCUCUCAAGGAUGAUGAGGAUUUACUUCUUGGCAAGCAAAUAUUUCGUGCCAAAGAUUUAACAACAGCUGAGUUUGACGAGAAGAUGAGACAGAUGUUUAAGAGAGACGUGGGCAUUCUGAAAGCAGGUAAACGGGCGGCAUGUUUCAGAACUCUAGCAAGCCUUCCAGUUGAGUUGAUGCACUUUGCGCCAGUUGGCCCUCGGAAAAUGGAGGCAAUAGAAGAAACCUUGCAUGGACCUGAUACCUUUGACUUCGAAAUGAUUCGAAUCCAGAACCUUGCUCCAUACGGGGGAGGGUGUCAGUGAAAAGAUGUAGUUUCCUAUGUAGCCUGACAGUAAAGGAUUAUAAUAAGAACUUGAAACCAGAUAUUCAGAAGGAAUACAUUUUAAACAUAGAAAGGAUAAGAAUUUAUGGAGGAAGAACUUCUUUAUUAAUUAAGAGCGACGUUUCGGUGUAGGUUCUAUCACCGUUAUCAAGCAAGUGAUAUACAGAGUGUAGUAGGCAAGUAUAUAUACAAGUAGGAAGGAAUAUUUAUACAGUAGAGUAGAUAUUGUUAUACUGGAGUAGAGAAGCCUGUUGUGUACACAUUAGGGCAGUGAUGACAAUCAUCAGUGAAGUCAGUGCCUUAAACAAAGGAUUAAGUCAGUAAUAAAGAAGUUGUUCUUCCAUAAAUUCGUAUCCUUACUUAGUACUCCAACUUCUAAAUGCCUAUCAAAAAAAACAUUUUAAAUAUGUUCACG